AUACAACUUUUAAACGAUAAUUCUUUUGGAUUCCUCCCCAAAUGCCUUUCACCCAAAGACUCACCCGGCCUUUGUAAAUCUCCCCUACCGGCUGCAUUCCUUCCUCCAUUAUAUCUCCAUCCCUUUCCCCUCUCUCUUUUCUCUCUCCUCUACCCUCUCUCUAAAAGACUGGAUACAGAACAAAGGGUAAACAAAAUAGAAAGGAAAGCAAGAAAGAAAGAACACCUACCAGGCAAGACUUGGUAUUUGAGCACUCCAUGGGCUGGGGAAUUGUUCCCAGGAAUCCCCUCUGGGUUUGACAAGAUUCAUACAGAGAAAUAGUUCUUGAAUUUUUCCCCUUUCUUUUGCUCAAGAAUUACUUGUACAGGAGAACCGCUUCUUUCUUGUUUCUGCCUUGUUUUUCCUUGUUUGUUUUCUUGGGAUUUUUCUCUGAUCCAUUCUUCUUCACCUGGGGGUGAGGGAAAGAGAAAAUCAUGGGGAAGCAAGGACCCUGCCGUCAUUGCGGAGUCACAAGUACUCCCCUUUGGCGAAAUGGGCCACCAGAUAAGCCGGUGCUCUGCAAUGCAUGUGGCUCGAGAUGGAGAACAAAGGGUUCAUUGACAAACUACACACCAAUGCAUCGUCGGGAUGAUAUCGAUGAUGAGGAACCUAGAGUUAACAAGCUGAAGCCACCGGCAUCAAAGCCAAAGGCACAUAAGCCACCGAAGAAAAAGCCAAAUCACAACAUUAUGGAGAAUGAGCCAUUUUCUGGUCAAAAUUUCAGAAAGAUGGGGGAUGCUGACCCAAGCAACCGUUCUAGUUCUGGAUCUGCAGUAUCAUACUCUGAGAGUUGUGCCCCAUAUGGUGCUGUUGAUGCAAGUGAAAUGACUGGUUCAGCGCAAUCACAUGCUUGGGAGUCACUAGUGCCAUCAAGAAAGAGGAGUUGUGUCACUCGUCCUAAGCCUUCACCCGUCGAAAAGCUUGCAAAGGAUCUUAACUCCAUCAUGCAUGAAGAGCAGUUAUAUUACCUUUCAGGAUCCUCAGAGGAAGACCUACUAUACCAUAGUGAAACUCCUCUGGGUUCUUUUGAGAUGGGUUCUGGAAGUGUGCUUCUAAGACAUCCGAACUCGAAAUCACUGGAGGAAGAAUCGGAAGCAAGUUCCAUUCCUGCAGAUAAUAAAUUGUACAUUACAAGUGAAUCCUAUUCUGGGUCUGUCUCGUUUGUUGUACACAGUGGAAGCAAAGGAGCAGGCUACUUAAAUGCUGCAACUGAGAGGCCAAAGAGGUCGCGACUGCAGAUUGAAGAUAAUGCUAGAAGGGAUAAACUUCAUUAUGAAAAUCAGCAUAUCCUGGAGAGUGUAGAUUCACCUUUAGUUUCAGCAGAUUUAGAGGAUGUUAUCAACUACACUAACUUUAUGAAAUUUCUAACUAACGAGGAGCAACAACAGUUACUAAAACUUCUUCCUCCUAUGGACUCCUUGACGCCUCCUGAAAGCCUUAGAAGUAUGUUCAGUUCUAUACAAUUUGCUGAUGCUAUAUACAGCUACCAAAAGCUGCUUGAAGAGGGUAUUCUUGAUCCAUCUUUCUCUGGCGAUGAGGAAUGGAAGACAGUGAGGAGACUGGCCUUAACUAAUUUAACCAAAUGCAAAUGGCUGGAGUGCUAUAAACAACAAAAGGACAAAGAAAUUAAGAAAAUAGGGGGAGUGGAGAAUAUCAGUGGACCAAAUGGCAUUUCCAAGUCCACCGUGAAACCGCUCAAAAGAUCUCGUGACACCCUCUUUCAGAACUGUGCAGAAUUAAAAGGAACCCUGCGGAGUCCUAAAAGAGUUCUAAAAUCUGAGGCUUUGGCUCCUCAGUGCAAAAGUCCAUUUUUGCCAAAAUCUGGCAACGCCACCAAAGAUCUAGCCUGCACUGGAGGAGCACUUAACUUAUUCAUGUUACCCCCAGAAAAAUUAUCAUUGUUGGCCCCUCCACAGUAUACCAAUGACGAUUCAGAUCAAGACUUGCUGCUGGAGAUUCCCCUUAACGCACGGCACCCAGAGGCAGAACUUCUGUGUCAACCAUCUCAGCUGAGCUCAGUAACCCGGAGCUCCACCUGUGUGGGCGGGGUUUCUGAAGGCGAGGGGCGCCUCAAGCAACCAUAUCAUCUUUUGUGGAAAAAUGAAAAAAGAAAGAUAUCAGGAGUUAUGUAUGUAAUAUUGCAGUUCGCAAUCGGUGCUGAAUGUCCGCUCACCUGUUUUGCCCAGUUCUGCAUGGCUGUCUCUGCAUUGCAGGACGUCUCGACUCUUGAGAUAGCGUUGAUGGAUGCUCACCCUUAUCCCCUUCCGUCAUCCGCAACGGAAGCAUCGCCGCUCUCCCCAUCCGCCCGCUUGCUCGCCAUGCUGCUCCACCUUGUCACCUCCUCGUCCCGCCUGACUCCGGCCCGACCCUCGACGCGGCGGCAGUCUGGCGCUGCGUCGGCAGCGACGGUGAGGUGUGCGGCCUCCUCCUCGACACCGCCGCCGUCGGCGUCAUCGGCGGCGGCGGCGGCGGCGGCGGGGCAGCAGGUGGCGAAGGUGCACAGCUACGGGACGGUGGACUUCGAGCGGCGUCCGGCUCUGCGGUGGGGUACCCUGUACCGGCGCAUCGCGGUGGGGCACGGCGGGCGGCCCGUGGGGCGCACGCUGGGGGCCUGGGACGAGGGCGAGCGCCGCCUCGACAAGUGGGAGCUCUGCCGUAUCGCCAAGGAGCUCCGCAAGUUCCGGAGGUUCAAUCUCGCGCUCCAGGUUUAUGAUUGGAUGACAGAGCGUAGAGAUAGAUUUCUGUUCUCGUCAAGUGAUAUGGCAAUCCAGUUGGAUCUGAUUGCUAAAGUACGUGGUGUUUCGCAUGCUGAAAAAUACUUCGAGGAGCUUCCUGAUGCCCUGAAGGACAAGCGGACAUAUGGUUCCCUUCUCAAUGUUUACGCCCAAGCUAAGUUGAAAGACAAAACAGAAGGCACAUUUGAGCAAAUGAGAAAAAAGGGAUUCGCAUCUGACACAUUGCCUUGUAAUGUGCUGAUGAACUUUUAUGUGGAUGUUGGAGAGCCUGAUGAAGUGUCGGCGAUUAUUGAUGAGAUGAAGGAGAGAAAUGUUGCUUUUGAUGUCUGCACUUACAACAUUUGGAUAAAGAGUUGUGCAGCUAAGCAAGAUGCUGAUGAAAUGGAGCGAGUCUUUAGCCAGAUGAUUGCGGAUGAGUCUGUUGUUGCCAAUUGGACUACUUAUACAACACUUGCUAGCAUGUAUAUUAAGUUGGGGAACUCUGAGAAGGCAGAAGAAUGCUUGAAAGAAGCUGAAAAGAGAACAACAGGUCGGGAAAAAAAGUGUUUUCAUUAUCUCAUGACACUCUAUAGCCAUCUUGGCAAGAAGGAAGAAAUCUACCGCAUUUGGAACUGGUAUAAGGCAACUUUCCCUACAAUUCAUAACCUGGGUUACCAGGAGGUACUAUCUGCCCUAGUAAGGAUAGGAGAUAUUGAGGGGGCUGAACUUCUAUACGAGGAAUGGGCACCCAAAAGUUCUAGUUUCGAUCCUAAGACUAUGAACAUUUUAUUAGCAUGGUAUGCUAGAGAAGGUUUUGUUGCCAAGGCUGAGCAAACUGUGAAUCGAUUUGUUGAGAAAGGUGGAAAUCCCAAACCAAACACCUGGGAAAUUCUUGCCACGGCAUACCUGAAAGACAACAAAAUAUCUGAAGCUUUGUCAUGUAUGGAGAAAGCUGCGGCAGUUAAAAGUGCAAGUAAGUGGAGACCAAGACCCACCAAUGUUGAGAGUCUCCUGGCAAACUUCAAGGAGAAGAAUGACACAGAGGGUGUAGACAGGUUAGUGAGUGUACUUACAAGUAGAGGAUGUGCCGAGAAUGAAGAGUACAAGUCACUGAUUAACACCUAUGCUUUUGCCGGGACAUAACGGUGGAGAGCGGGCAUCAAUAAUAUGAUGAGUGCCACGCAUUGAACAAUUCCAUUACUUGCCCAUAAUGUGUUCUAAAUAUCUCGAGGACCCGUGCAAGUUCAUCUGGUACAAAUAUGUCCAUUCCAGAGUGGUUAGAUGCAUUUCAUCGGUUCCCUAGAUGAAAUCAGACAAUGAGGUACAUAAUCUUCUUUCUGAUCAUUUGGCUCAGUUAGAAAUCCUAAAAUCUCGAACAAGAGGCCGAUUAGGUGGCUUCUUUGUACUUCAUAAAUGUAUAUUACAUUAUUUUUUAGGAUUAAUUGAGCCAUCUCGGUGCAAGAGUUGUUUUAUCA